GCAGUAUAGUUUAGGAUGUCGUGGUGGCUCUUCAAGUUAAGUUUUUUAAGAUAUCAUUGAAUCUAUCUGAAGAAAUGAGGCUCUCUUCAGCUGGUUUCAAUCCACAAGCUCAAGAAGGGGAAAAACGGGUACUGAACUCUGAACUUUGGCAUGCAUGUGCUGGACCUCUUGUUUCUCUUCCUCCCGUUGGCAGCCGAGUUGUCUAUUUCCCACAGGGUCAUAGUGAGCAGGUUGCUGCAUCUACCAAUAAGGAAGUGGAUACUCAUAUUCCUAACUACCCAAGCUUACCUCCCCAACUUAUCUGUCAACUUCACAAUGUUACCAUGCAUGCAGAUUUGGAAACUGAUGAAGUCUACGCGCAAAUGACUCUGCAACCACUGAGUCCGCAAGAGCAAAAGGAUGCCUACCUUCCUGCUGAAUUGGGCACUCCCAGCAGACAGCCAACAAAUUAUUUUUGUAAAACGUUGACAGCUAGCGACACGAGUACUCAUGGGGGGUUCUCGGUCCCCCGCCGGGCAGCUGAAAAAGUGUUCCCACCAUUGGACUACUCACAGCAGCCUCCAGCUCAAGAGCUUAUUGCGAGGGAUCUGCAUGAUAAUGAAUGGAAAUUUAGACAUAUUUUUCGGGGGCAACCCAAAAGGCACCUCCUUACAACAGGAUGGAGUGUGUUUGUAAGUGCUAAAAGGCUUGUUGCUGGUGAUUCAGUCCUCUUUAUCUGGAAUGAAAAGAAUCAAUUACUUCUUGGUAUUAGACGGGCUAAUCGACCACAGACAGUAAUGCCUUCAUCAGUUUUAUCAAGCGAUAGCAUGCACUUGGGGCUUCUUGCUGCUGCGGCUCAUGCGGCUGCGACAAAUAGCCGUUUUACAAUAUUCUAUAAUCCAAGGGCCAGUCCAUCAGAGUUUGUUAUACCACUGACCAAGUAUGUCAAGGCGGUCUAUCACACACGUGUUUCUGUUGGGAUGCGCUUCCGGAUGCUGUUUGAGACAGAGGAAUCAAGUGUCCGCCGCUCUGCCAUGUCCAUGUCCACAUUUUCUUCAGUUUCCCAAUCCCAGUCAUCACCUUUACAAGCAAUCACCUCACUGUGCCAACAACAAAGUUUUUCUGAUUCGAACGGGAACCCGGUGACAAGUUCCAUUGUGUCUCCACUUCACAGUCUAUUGGGCUCAUUCCCACAGGAUGAGUCAUCUCAACUUCUCAACUUACCUAGAACCAACCCUUUGAUAAGUUCAUCUGCUUGGCCAUCGAAGAGAGCAGCAGUUGAGCCACUUCUUCCCUCUGGUGCGCUUCAAUGUGUUAUUCCCCAAGUGGAGCAGUUGGCUCCUCCAGCGCAUACUACAAUGUCUCAGAAUUCCAUUUCAUUGCCACCUUUUCCUGGUAGGGAGUGCUCCAUUGACCAGGAAGGAAGCACUGAUCCACAGAGCCACCUUUUAUUUGGUGUUAAUAUAGAGCCCUCAUCUCUUCUGAUGCAAAAUGGAAUGUCAAACCUGAGGGGAGUUGGUAUUGACAGUGAGUCCACAACAAUACCCUUCUCUUCUUCGAAUUAUAUGAGUACUGCAGGCAGUGAUUUUUCUGCUAAUCCAGCAAUGACACCUUCAAGUUGCAUUGAUGAAUCAAGUUUUCUGCAGUCCCCAGAAAAUGUGGGUCAAGCAAACCCACCAACUAGAACCUUUGUUAAGGUUUACAAGUCAGGGUCCUUUGGGAGGUCACUGGAUAUAACCAAAUUUAGCAGCUACCAGGAGCUGCGCAGUGAACUUGCUCGCAUGUUUGGCCUUGAAGGCCAGUUAGAGGACCCUCGGAGAUCAGGCUGGCAGCUUGUAUUUGUUGACCGGGAGAAUGAUGUUCUUCUCCUUGGCGAUGACCCCUGGCCGGAGUUUGUGAACACCGUGUGGUGUAUAAAGAUACUCUCACCACAAGAGGUACAACAAAUGGGAAAACGAGGCAUAGAACUUCUGAACUCAGUCCCAGUUCAGAGGCUCUCUAAUGGUAGCUGUGAUGACUACGGUAGCCGGCAGGAUUCAAAAAAUUUAAGCACUGGUAUAACUUCUGUGGGGUCUUUGGACUAUUAACCAGUUAAGUUAUCAUUCUCCCUUUUGUAAUAUUAGCAUCUCUUUCAACCACCUUGAAGGUGGGAAGAGCUGCCUGACUCUAGCUUAAAGUUUUUAUAUAAGCUAAUAUUGUAAUUAUAAGAUGUUUUUGUUCAUUUCUAUGUUGUUGUAAUAUGUACAAUCAAUAUUUAUUAGGAGACCAAUAUCUCUAAAGAUGGCUGUUCAAUUUUACUAGUGUGGUCUAUUUAUAAAUGAGCUGAGGAUUACAGGAUAA